AUGGUAAACGAUAUUUUUGAAUCAAUAAAUGCAGACAAGGAUAAAAUAAAAAAAGUCAUUCGACUCAAAACAAGAGACACGUCAAAAAUACUACCAGUUAUCAUUGAGUUAGACAAUGCGUCAGACAAAAUAAGUGUAUUAAAAGCUGUAUACAUUAACAGAAACAAGAUAAAUGAAAUUUAUUUUAACUCAGAUAUGACAGAAUCCGAAAGAGAUCUCAUUAAACAGCUACGUAGUGAAGUUAAAUUUGCCAUAAAUGUAAGCGGGUAUAAUGUUUUUUACAACAAUCGAUCUAAAUCUAAUUCAACUAAAUCUCAUGGCGGAGGUGUAGCUAUUUAUGUUAAAAAUAUAUACAUUGCUUAUACUCCAUAUGACCUAGCAUCUGAAGAAAUGACAGUUGAACAAGUCUGGUGUGUCAUUAAAACAGAAAAUGAGAAUAUCUUAAUUGGUCUACUCUUAGCCGGAGACCUAAAUUACCCAAAUAUAAAAUGGAAUAAGAAUGAUGAGAAUAUCCAAACAGUGUUAAAAAAUGAUAAACAAGCACAAAUUUUUUUAGACAAUUUAAAUGAUAACUUUUUGACUCAAAACGUCACAAAACCAACCUUUAAUUCAGGGAAACUGUCACAAGGCAAUAUCUUAUAUUUGAUUUUAACCGAUGCACCAGAGCGUAUUUCGAUCAUAGGCUAUAAUCCUCCGUUAAGCAAUUUAAAUAAUGCACAUCAGAUAUUGUAUUGGAAUUACAUCUUAAAAAAACCAACAGCAUCAAAAUCUUCCUAUGGGAAAUCAAAGUUUAACUACAAAGCCGGAAAUUAUCAAGAAAUGAACAAUUCAUUCCAUAGUAUAAGAUGGUCACAUAUUUUCUCUAAUAAAAACGUUGAUGAAUGCUACAAAAUUUUUGUAAUUAAAUAUCAAGAAUUAUCUGACAGUUAUAUACCUAAAAAAGUGCAUAAACACAUAGCUUUAAAACCAUAUAUUGACAAACAAAUUAAGACUGAAAUCAGACAUAAAACAACCUUAUGGAACAAAUUAAUAUCAAAUAAAUCCAAAUCAUCCAUUUUGGUUCAGCAAUACAAAAUACAAAGAGGAAUAGCUUCAAUGUCUAAUGAAUAUAAUAACAUUGUAACAAAUAAAGAAUCUAUAGCAAAUAUUUUAAACAAUAGUUUCAGUUCAGUUUUUGUUAACGAAGAUAAACGUAACAUACCAAAUGUUUACAAAGCUAUUGGAGUAGAUGGGAUGAGCCUAUAUGUUUUAAAUAAAUGUCAUAGUACUCUCUGUGAACCAUUACAUUUAAUAUAUAUAAAAUCGUUGACUGAGGAAAAAUUACCUGAGCUCUGGAAAUUAGCAAAUAUAACACCAAUUUUUAAAAAAGGUAAUACGAACAUUGCAUCUAGAUACAGGCCAAUCUCAUUGACUUCUAUCCCAUGUAAAGUUUUAGAAUCACUCAUUAGAGAUGAAAUUAUGGAUUAUCUAAUAAAUAACAGCUUAUUAAAUGAAAAUCAGCAUGGGUUCAGAAAAAAUGAAAGCUGCACAACAAACCUAUUGGAAACUCUUGAUAUCACAACAGAUGCACUAGAAAAUGGCCACUCAGUUGAUAUGUUGUAUCUAGACUUUGAAAAGGCUUUUGAUAAAGUACCACACUCGCGUUUGAUCACUAAACUUCAAUCAUAUGGUAUUGUGAGAAGUUAUCUGGGAUGGAUAGAGAACUUUUUAACUAACAGAAAACAGAGAGUGGUCCUUGGCGACACUGUCUCAGAUUGGCUACCAGUUAUUAGUGGUGUACCACAGGGGUCAGUUUUAGGACCACUGCUGUUUUUGAUUUUUAUUAACGAUUUGCCAGAUCAAGUCAAAAACCCUAUUAAUCUUUACGCUGAUGAUAGUAAAAUAAUAAAUAUUAUAAAAAAUCCUAAUGAUUCAAUAAGCCUUCAAAAUGAUAUAAAUAAUAUAAUGGCAUGGUCAUCUAUUUGGCUCACAAAGUUUAAUUAUGAAAAAUGA